UCAGCUCCUGGCUGCUGGCACCAAGGCUCACUAACAGCGAGCAGAAUGGCCUUUCAGUCUGCGCUCUUUGUUUUCUUAGCUGGACUGGUAUUUGUCUCUGAAGCUGCACCACUGGUCUCCCAUGGCUCUGUUGAUUCCAAAUGCCCUCUUAUGGUGAAAGUGCUGGAUGCAGUCAGAGGAAGCCCUGCAUCUGAUGUAACUGUUAAAGUUUUUAAACAGGCUGAAGAUGGAAGCUGGCAGGACUUUGCUGUUGGGAAAACCACAGAGUAUGGGGAGAUUCACGAGCUCACGACAGAAGAACAGUUUGUAGAGGGAAAAUACAUGGUGAAGUUUGAAACCAGCUCCUACUGGAAGGCGCUCGGGCUUUCUGCAUUCCAUGAAUACGCUGAUGUGGUGUUCAAUGCUAAUGAUUCCGGUCACCGCCACUACACCAUCGCUGCUCUCCUCAGCCCUUUCUCCUACUCAACCACUGCUGUUGUCACUGAUCCCCAGGAAUAAACAUGUGCUAUCUUUUCACACUUUCCUCCACUAGAACUUUUAUGGGAGUUCCACUAGGCUUUUAUGGGAGGAAGGUUUUUCCUACUGCUAACGCAUAAAUUUUUGCUACAUUAGUCGGUUUUUUUCCAUUUUGUAACCUGGCAAACUUCAGAUAAGUCAAUAAAAUAUUACUUCUUUAAAACAA